AUUAAACCUGAUCUGGCUCGAAUGCUGGAGCGGUGGAAGCACACCUGAAGGAUAAGUGCUGUGCAGAGGAAAAGAUUACUGCCUCUCUAUUUCUGUCCUGCAAAGCUCUUUAGCAGUCUUACUGUCGUGUGUCAGAGACUGUGAGAAUGAACCAUGUGCAUGGGUGUGAGCUGGCUGUGUGUACCUGAGAAACUCAACACUGUGUGUUUAAUUGUCCCUCCACUGAGCAGCCCAUCGUUGCUUUCUUGAUUUGCCUGAGUCUGUUCCUGUGUGGACUUAUCUUUCCGGCGGCAGGACUGAGGAAAGUGACUGAAAAAACCGAGGAAAACAUUCAGGAUUAAUAGAGACGCUAAAGGGAAAGUGGUCAAGAUGUUGAUCACCAUGCUUACAGCCAUGUAUAUGGUGGUCCGAGUCGUAGAAUCGAUAAGUGUCCGGUUUGCCCGGCAGGAGGACCCUUUGCCUUACAUGGUGUCCCAGCCUUUGCCUUGGCAGAUUCACUCAGUGUCGCACAGCCGGAAGAGCAGCAAAGCAGAGGAGUUUGACGGCCUCAGGAGGAACAGCAUAGGGGUGUACAGAAAGAACUCCAACGGCAGCAACGGGACCUGCUGCAGCAUGCGCGCAGUUUCUCCUGUUCCUCCACUCAGCCCUGUUGAAGUGGAGAAGGCCGCCACCACCAUCCAGAGCCACUUCAGGAAGUUCCAACAGAAGAAGCAGAAGAAUGGCAAGUAGAUGGAAAUGGAGGGAUGGUGAGAGAGGAUUUGGAGCAGGGAGGUGGGGGACGGCUCACCGAGGGAUGGAUGAACUCUGUGCUCACACACAUACACACAUACAUGUAAAUGCACACUUGUGCAAAUGUACAUACAUUCAGAAUGAGUAGAGCUGGAUUAGUGAUACAGUAUAAACAACAGCAUACACUAAUAGAUUACUUGUAAUACCAUAUUUAAAAGACAUGUGAAUAAUUAUAUGUGAAUUUUACUGUGUAUCUGAAUGUGAGAGUGUGUGAGUGACUGUGAGUGUGUUGUCAUACAUAUAUAUGACCAGUGUUUUGUGUAUAUUAAUAUAAAAAUAAAUAAUCACAUAAUUUGUCAAUAUUGUGGAUCUUUAAAAAAAAAAAAAAAAAACUAACAAGCUAUUUCAAUAAACUCCUCUGU